AUGAGUCGCGCCAACAAACUUGGCCCGGAGGUAAAUCGAGCUUUGUUCGUCAAGAAUCUAAGCUACAACGUCACUCCCGAGGAGUUGUUCGACCUGUUCGGCAAGUACGGACCUAUCCGUCAAGUUCGACAGGGUAUCGCGAACAACACCAAGGGCACAGCCUUCGUCGUCUAUGAAGACGUGAUGGAUGCGAAGUCGGCGUGCGACAAGUUGAAUGGUUACAACUUUCAGAACCGUUAUCUUGUCGUACUCUAUCACCAGCCAGACAAGAUGGCCAAGUCAAAAGAGGACCUCGAGGCCCGCAAGGAGAAUCUCGAACGCAUCAAGAGACAGCACGGUAUCGAUUGA